AUGCAGUUGGAGGAUUGGUUGGAUGACUUAUGUGUCCGAUUUAUUAUAAACUUGCCCCCGGAAGAGCUCCAGUCCGUAGAGCGAAUCUGCUUCCAGGUCGAGGAGGCACAAUGGUUUUAUGAGGACUUCAUCCGUCCCCUUGACCCCUCGCUCCCUUCUCUUUCCCUCCGCGCAUUUAGUCUACGGAUCUUUCAACACUGCCCGCUCUUUUCACAAUGGUCGGCUCAACAUCACACCACCGCGUUUGCGGAGUUCUUGGCCUACAAGUCCCGCGUCCCCGUUCGCGGUGCCAUCAUGCUCAACGAGGCAAUGGAUGAAGUUGUGCUCGUCAAGGGCUGGAAGAAAAGUGCGAACUGGAGUUUUCCGAGAGGCAAGAUCAAUAAAGAUGAGAAUGAUCUGGACUGCGCCGUACGGGAGGUCUACGAAGAGACAGGCUUUGACAUCCGGGCGGCAGGGCUGGUGAAAGACGAAAAAGACAUGAAGUAUAUUGAAGUCACAAUGAGAGAACAGCAUAUGAGGCUAUACGUGUUUCGAGGGGUGCCCAAGGAUACGCAUUUCGAGCCGAAGACGCGGAAGGAGAUCAGCAAAAUCGAGUGGUACAAGCUGACGGACUUGCCAACACUCAAGAAGAAUCGUCAGCAGGACGGUAGUGGCACAGAUCAGCCUGCUCUCAACGCCAACAAAUUCUACAUGGUGGCACCUUUCUUGACUCCACUUAAGAAAUGGAUCGCCCAGCAACGGAAGAAGGAGAACCGGUAUAGCUCCCAGCUUGCAGCACCGCCUAUAGUACCCGAAGAGGCGACGACCGAGGAUGAACGUGACAAUCACGCCCUGGGCGCGGAAUCUGGGCAACAUAGACAGCAAGGCUCCAGCGAUUUACCAGAGGUUUCUGCGCUACCCGUUUCUGACCCGACGUCGCAUCUGAAAGAGAUGCUCAACAUUGGCUCUGUACCAACGUCAAAACCGUUGCAGCUGCCGCCACCUCCACCGCCGUCACAGCCUGCUCACAUGCCACAGGUUGAUGAGGAGAAAUCCCAUGCCCUGCUGGCAUUGUUGCGGAACGGUCAGCAGGGUCCGCCAGGUCGGCAGCCUAUUCAGCCUCCCCAUACACCUUUCGAGCAGAUAUCAGCUUUGCCAGAGGAACAACGGUCACCUCAUCCAUCACACGUGCGUCCACCGCAGCUGGAUCGGCUACCACCUCCCCCACAAUUUUACCAUCAGCCCGAAGGUCUGGUCCAGCCUUCUCCUUUGUAUUCCAAUGGCCACAAUGCAGGAUCGGGAACUACACAAGGCACCGAGCUUGGAUCAAUUUCCAUGGCUGCGCGUACCGCGCCUUAUCAACAGACCUUGGAACCGCCCUAUGCGCAAGAGAGACCAAUGGAACUGGCACAGCGCAAUGUGCCUCCUGCCAGCGCAUUGCCUAAACUGACGAAUCAUACCAAGGCUCUACUGGAUGUGUUUAAGGCUGCACCGAGCCCGCCUGCCAUACCUACGCUCGAUCAAGUGCAACCGCAGCUUGCACGGGAACCAGCGCCAGUUGGAUCUAUGCACCCAGGUGGUGAGAAGACACAGGCUCAAUUCCAGGGAAUGCCGUCCGUGCAGCGGCCUGUUGACGCACACAAGACAUCGCUCCUUGGAUUGUUCAAUCAGCCGUCCAGACAAAAGCCCGACAACGCACAUGGCCCUCACCAAGCACCUCCGGUCGAACUUGCAGCCACAAAUCCAGCCAGCUCUUCCCAGCACCCAGCACCCAGCAAGAAUGCUCUCCUAGGUUUGCUAAAGGAGGGCGGCCGAGACUUGUCGCGCCAAGACUCCGAGCCUAAGUAUCCGUCUCCUCGCGAAGGGGAAACGGCUGCCACUGUGCGCGGUCCUCUGAAUCAACCUGACUUCGAAGUUGUUUCUCGAACGACGAGGCAAAUGACGAGCGAGAUGCGGCGAAGUCCAGUGCCUACGAACAGAACCCUCUAUGACCCGAAACAACCUACCCCUGUCAGGAUACUCACAAGGUCAGAGGAAAGUCGUGCUCAAGCUCCACGAUCUCCCCAAGAAUUAAAAGGACCCCCGAAGCGGGCAGUACGGGAGAAGGCAGCGACCAAGCCUCCCACCAAGCCCUUUCAACCUCAAAUACUACGACGACCACAGAGAGACGACACACCUGGGCUCGCAUCACUAGCAACAACGAUAACCAAUUCUCCCAAGACUGGGGAGGUUAUCACGACAAAGACUGCUCGGUCUCCCUCACUGACGCCGAGCGGAAGUGAAAUGCCGACUCCGCGUCGACAAUUGUCCCAAACAGAAGACCAGAAACAAAGACUGCUCUCUCUCUUUGGCGGAGUGUCAGACACUACGCCUAAGGCGGUAACGACAGGACAGUCUGGUUCGGGACUGGUGUCACCACUUUCAACAAGUCACCUCUACAGUGCCGACUACGAGAUGCCGUUGUCUGGUUUGGAGCCGAUUUCAACCCGGACAUCGCGGGUUGGAAGCCUGGCCUCCAUUGGUAGUGGACCGGGAGUGGGACGUGCAGGCGGUGAGAAACGACAAACAGGCGCCGAGAAUAAGGCAUUUCUCUUAGGCUACUUGGGCAGAAUUGCCAACCAGGAGAAGUGA